GGCCCGACUGGAUCCGGCCCGUUUGGGAGUACGUCUCCCCCUGCCAUAAAAGAUAAAACCCUAAUCAUCCUCACCCUGCCGCCAUAAACAACAGCAGCCUCUGCGGGAGUAGUGUUCUCUAGCUCAGAUCGUAUUCCGUCGGCGUUAGUGUGAGGUAUCAGGGAACUCGGCGGCCGGGAAAAAUGACGGAUAAGACGGCGCCUGCGGUGACGAUCCGGACCAGGAAGUUUAUGACCAACAGGCUCCUUUCGAGGAAGCAGUUCGUCAUCGAUGUGCUGCAUCCCGGGAAGGCUAACGUUUCCAAGGCUGAGCUGAAGGAGAAGCUCGCGGGCUUGUACGAAGUGAAGGACCCGAACACGAUAUUCGUGUUCAAAUUCCGUACCCAUUUCGGCGGCGGGAAAUCGACUGGGUUUGGGCUGAUUUACGACUCUGUCGACAACGCAAAGAAGUACGAGCCUAAGUACAGGCUGAUUAGGAAUGGACUGGCCACCAAGGUGGAGAAAUCUAGGAAACAGAUGAAGGAGAGGAAGAACAGAGCUAAGAAGAUUAGAGGUGUGAAGAAGACCAAGGCAGGAGAUGCUGCCAAGGGCGGCAAGAAGAAGUGAGAUCCACAUGCCGAUGGGCGAUCUUUUGUGCUAGUAGUUGUAGCAUUGAGUACCUGUUCGUUCUGUCAAUGGCGUUUUAGCCAUCGAACUUUUGUAGUGGCUUCUGAAAAUUGUUCUGAUAUAUUUCUGAGUGGUUUGGUGUCGUUAUGAAUCUGCUUGGCCCAUGUUGCAUGAUGUAUUUGUGGUCGGAUUAGAGCCUGGUUGCAUUGAAAUUUAUCAAGGCCACCCUUGCUAGCUUUUGUACGAACAAAUUUAAUAUCAAUUUUGGUCACUUGAAUUACUGAAACAUGUCACAUUUAGUUACUCCCCCGUCAGUUUUUGUCCAACUCUAUUAAUGAAGUCGGAUGGUAACUAACGGGAGAGUGACUAAAUGUGACAUGUUCCUGUAAUUCGAUUCUAUCUAUUCUUGACGUUGUGGUUGUUAUA